AACACCUGUAACUUGCUCUUUGCUUUGCCCUUUCUAUAUUGAUAACCUCUGCCAUGGAUUAUGACUAUCAGCCAAUGAACGAUUCUGAUAUCAUUGAUGUCGUUGACGAUCAAACGCCAUCGGAUAAACCCCGUAUUCUCCUUAUGGGCUUGCAAAGAAGCGGCAAGUCCAGCAUUCAGCGCGUGGUGUUUGGGAAAAUGCCGCCCAACGAUACAUUAUACCUGGAAAGCACGACCAAAAUUCAGAAAGAGGAUAUAACACGCUCUUUUAUCGAUUUUCAAAUUUGGGACUUCCCUGGCCAAGUCAACUUUUUCGAUAUGGCGUACGAUUCACAGGAAAUUUUUGGGACCGUGGGAGCCUUGAUUUUCGUCAUUGAUGCUCAGGAUGAUUACAGUGAAGCAUUGCAUCGAUUAUACUUUACCGUAACGAGCGCGUAUCGGGUCAACCCAAAUAUCACAUUUGAAGUCCUGAUUCAUAAAGUAGAUGGAUUGUCGGAUGAUUACAAAAUCGACACGCAACGCGACGUACAACAACGCAUGAGUGACGCUUUAGCUGAUGCCCAAAUGGAGCAUAUCCAUUUAACUUACUACCUAACCAGUAUAUAUGACCAUUCCAUUUAUGAAGCAUUCAGCAAGAUCAUCCAGAAACUAAUAAGAGAAUUGCCAACCCUGGAGAACCUUCUCAAUGUAUUUUGCUCUAACUCCGGCAUCGAUAAAGCGUACUUGUUCGAUACCCUAACCAAGAUCUAUAUUGCCACCGACAGUUCUCCGGUGGAUAUGCAAUCGUACGAAUUAUGUAGUGACAUGAUCGAUGUGAUUAUAGACAUCGAAUGCAUAUAUGGUAUGCAAGGAUCGACCCUGAAUGAGGAUCGAUUACUGGAUGAAGGAAACGAAAGCACCCAAGUCACUCAAUCACCGGAAUCGCUACGAAGUGAAACUCCACCACUCUAUACUUCCAAUACCAAAAAUCCCUAUGGUGAAGAAACUGACGGCUUAGAGCACGGGCUAUUGGCGGAGCAGAAUGAUCAAUCCUCGAUUACCGCCAACUGUGAAUCAGAAGCUUCGAGUUUAAUUAAACUGGAUAACGGUGAUGUACUUUACAUGCGCGAAGUCAACCGUGCUCAUCUGCUUAUUACGGCAGGAUAAUUUCGAGAAACAUGGCUUGAUCGAUUACAACUUCCAAUGUUUCAAGGAAGCCGUAACUGAAGUGUUUGACUUUUCACAAAAGCGAAAUUCUCAACAGCAGCAGCAACAACAACAACAACAACAACAACACCAAGACCAGCCGCCAGCAGGAGAACUGUAGCCACUGUCCUUUGUUCUAUG